AUGCUGUCGCAUCUGAAGGAGCGUAAGAUGGAGAAGACGAGCUAUGACCACGUCGAUAGCGCAGUCGAUAUGAGUCCAGGAGGAUUUACAACGAUACCAAAUGGUUCUAAUAAUCUAGAAUCUGGUCAUGUAAAGCAACAGCAACAGGAACAGAAGCAGGAACCGCAAAAAUUUAAUCCAGUAGAGCGCUAUGAAGAAGAAGAGGAUAAUGAUAUGGACACUGAUACAUCUAGUGAGAAAAUGGAGACAGAAAAACUGGCCCAUGAUAUUCAAUUUCGUGUGAAUGGUAUUGUUGUGGACAAUGAGGUAAAAGGCGGUGCAAGAAGUGGAUGGGAAGGCGUUUAUGAGAUUAUGUUCAAGAGCUCAACGCCUACGGGUCAACGCGUGGAACUGGUGCUAUUGGUAAUGGUUUCAAUGAGUAUUGUGGUUGCUGUGCUGGACAGUGUAGACGAUAUCCGAGACGACAUUGGAGACUACAUGUUGGCGCUAGAAGCAUUCUUCACAGUGGUGUUCUCGGUGGAAUAUUUGAUGCGUGUAAUGUCACUUCGUAAUCCAAGCGGAUAUGUGCUAAGCAUGAUGGGUUUCAUCGACAUGUGUGCACUGAUACCGUCGUAUUUGGGCUUUGUUCUCCCAGAUGCAAGACCGUUGCUGCACUUGGCGGUCCUACGGAUCUUUCGAGUGAUGCGUGUGUUCCGUUUGCUACGACUUGCUCGCUUUGUGGACGCAGGUGCUGCGCUAAGUGACAAUAUUGAGUCAAACAAGAGACGUAUUGCGGUUUUUCUCGUAGCGCUAUUUACGAUGAUUAUUGUCAUUGGAUGUGCCAUGUAUCUUAUUGAAGGCGACCGCCACGACUUUUCGAACAUUCCUAUCAGCUUGUACUGGACCGUGGUGACCAUGACUACCGUGGGGUAUGGUGACAUUUCGCCAGAAACGAUUCUGGGUCGCAUGUUAGCUACUAUCGUCAUGUUCGUGGGCUAUGGGAUUAUUGCCUGUCCACUAGUGUUGAAUCAGACAGGAUCUCAGGACAUCCUCACUGAAGUAAUUGAGUGCCCUCGUUGCUUUCGACGGCUGCACCAGCAUGAUGCCAGCUUCUGCCGCGUGUGCGGCACGCCACUUCGCCAGCCUCGCGCUAAAAGUAUCAAGGCGCGCCGCGACCGCCGUCUCCGCCUCGCGAAGCUUCGGCUACCAGUUCCGAAGGAUAAUUUGCCACUUUCAACCACGUCUACAAUGAGGUCGAAUGUCCGCCUGCUCCCGGAAGAUUUAGAUUCGACGCGGACUCUCAACCAGCACGCUUGA